AUGCCAAACAUAUUCAAGCAGAACUUGGGGGACACCCCCCGCGAAGCGCUGAAUUGGAAACUGGGCAUGGCUGUUCUCUGCUUUGGAUUGAUGGGAGCAAGCCGAGGAAUCGAUGAGGGCCUGAUCGGUGGAACAGUUCAGCAGAAAUCCUUCACUUCGAAGUAUAGCUUGGAGGACCAAAACUUGAGCCCGUCGCAAGAGGCAGACAAACUAGGCAAUAUCACCGCCAUGGUUCAGAUAGGAAGCAUUGGCGGUGCAUUGAUUGCCUUUCUUAUAACUGACCGUAUCGGCCGCGUCUGGGCCACCCGGCAACUAUGCCUGGUAUGGGCCAUUGGAAUAGCCAUUUAUAUGUCCGCGAAUGGCAGAUUGGGCCAGGUCUAUGCCGGGCGCUUUAUUGCUGGAAUUGGGGUUGGCCAGACAACUGUGGUCGGGCCAACUUAUCUCGCAGAGGUUGCACCUAGGGCGAUUCGAGGACUUUGCACUUGUGCAUUUUCAGGCUCGGUGUACGUGGCGAUCGUGGUAGCAUACUUUGCCAACUGGGGGAGCUCAUUGCAUAUCAGUGAUCAGACGCAGAAGGAGUGGCUUGUGCCAACUUCUGUCCAUAUAGUGUUUGCUGGUAUUAUCCUAAUUUUGUCAUUUGGAGUCAAGGAGUCCCCUCGAUACCUUGCGAAAAUAGGCAAGAAUGAAGAAGCUAUUGCCACGAUGGCAGAUAUUCGAGACCUAUCCCCGGACCAUCCAUACAUUCAGACAGAAAUGAAUGGUAUUUACGAACAGCUUGAACGAGAACGAGAGGCAACACUGGGGCUCCAUUGGCUUGGUCCUCUUAAAGAGCUGUUCCUGAUGCCCUCAAAUCGAUAUCGCAUUAUGGUAGGGUUAAUGUCACAGCUGCUCAGCCAGUGGUCAGGCGCAACCAGCAUUACCAUAUAUGCGCCUCAAUUCUUCGCUAUGCUGGGAACAACCGGUCAGUCAGAGAAGCUCUUUGCAACUGCGAUCUUUGGUGUGGUAAAGCUUGUUGCUUCUAUUGUCUGCGCUCUCUUCCUUGUCGACAUCUUAGGCCGGAAGAGGGCACUAGAAUAUGGCAUUAUCUUGCAGUUUAUGAGCAUGUUAUACGUGGCAAUAUAUUUAGCGGUGGCUCCAUCGAUUGAAGGAGGUGAAGAGCCCCAGGGGAGUGCGAAAAAGGCCGGAACCGCAGCUAUUGUGUCGAUAUACAUCUCCGGUGUGGGGUGGGCGCUUGGAUGGAAUAGUGUGCAAUAUCUCAUCAACGCAGAGAUUUUCCCACUCCGAGUUAGAGCCCUAGGGACGUCAAUGGUCAUGUGUUUCCACUUUGCUAAUCAAUAUGGUUUGAAUAAAGCUGUACCAACCAUGCUUCUCGAAACAGUGAUGAAACCUCAGGGAACUUUCUUUUUCUUCGCUGCUGUGACCCUUCUUGGGUUCCUAUGGAUGUGGUUUUUCCUUCCUGAGACGGCCGGAAAGUCAUUGAAGGCUGUGGAUGGACUGUUUAGCUUGCCUUGGUAUGUGAUUGGGAGGAAAGGAGCUGCCUUGACGGCGACUACCCAGGGAGACACAAGUGAAACACGAGACACAGAAAAAGCCACGGUGGCAGAGAGUGAUCAGCCUGUCGAUCUGUAG